AUGAACCAGGCAAAUCGUGAUAUCGUCAUGGAAUUCACCACCCACAUUCGCACGCAGAAGCUCCCCUACCUCAUUGCGGGGGAUUGGAAUGCUCUUCCUGAAGAUUUGGAGAAACCCAUGAAGUGGCUUUCCUGGGUUCGCGGGGUCGUGGUUACCCCAGAGAAUGCGACGUGGACGUGCUCGAAUGGGCACCGCAUGCUGGACUACUUUGUGGUUGACCAGCGUCUUGCCCUCGACGCAUCCCUCACGGCAGUCCUGGAGGGCCCGUGGAGACCGCGCCUAGGCCAGUGUGCGCAGCUACUCAGGCGCCCCCUGCUGCCGCCAGAGCCCCAGACGGGGUUGGCCACCAGCGACGCCAACCGGUGGCAGGUGACCGUCGCGCGCGUGCAGGAUCGCGAUCAUUUCCUGCGACGCCCUGGGCCCCAUGCACAAGCGUUUGCGCUGCAGGCCCUCUUGAACAGAAUUAACCCUGAUCUUAGAUGGCCAGAGUAUGUCGACCCCGAGAUUAAACGUGUCAGUCUCGAGUAUUUCACAGGCCAGUUCUCGGACCUAGAGGUUUUCGAGGCCAAUUUCCAGAUAGG